UCUUUUUCUGUCAUUCAUUUGUCAAAUUGUCAUACGCGUUGUCGAUGUGAUAGUGAACGAUCGUGGUCUGGUGUUAUUACAUUUUUUUUGUAAAUGUGGUGCGUUUAUGUGAUAAUGAGAAACCACACGUUAGAAUACCUAAUUAUUAAGUGAUAAGUGCAUUUUGAGGUCAGUGUCCUGUUAAAAAUUGUUGUUUUUUGUAUGUCAUCGCACCGACAACAUGGCGGCCCCCCGUCACAAAUCACAACAGAAAAACAUAUCUUCGAUAUUUUCGAAGUUACACGGCGCCUUCUCGGAUGCGGUGUGUCCCACAAAGUUCGCGACGGAUAAGAGGACAUUAGACAAGACUUGGAAGUUAAUGGACAAAGUUGUAAAACUGUGUCAACACCACAAAAUGAAUUUGAAAAACAGUCCUCCGUUUAUUCUGGAUAUAUUGCCGGAUACAUAUCAGCGGUUACGGGUUAUAUACUCAAAAUAUGAGGAUAACAUGCAGGCGUUGAAUAAUAAUGAACAUUUUAAUAUAUUUAUUAAUAAUUUGAUAAGAAAGUGUAAGCAGGCUAUAAAGUUGUUCAAGGAAGGUAAAGAGAAAAUGUUUGACGAGAACUCUCAUUAUAGACGAAAUUUGACGAAACUGAGUCUCGUGUUUAGUCAUAUGUUAAGUGAGCUGAAAGCGAUGUUCCCGAAUGGAACGUUUGCAGGCGACCAGUUCCGUAUAACGAAGAGUGAUGCGGCCGAGUUUUGGAGGACAAACUUCGGUAACAGCACACUGGUGUCGUGGAAAAUCUUCCGUGAAGAGUUGAACAACGUGCACCCAAUAUCCUCGGGGCUGGAGACGAUGGCGCUCAAGACAACAAUAGACUUAACGUGCAACGAUUUCAUCUCCAACUUCGAAUUUGAUGUGUUCACCAGGUUAUUUCAGCCAUGGAGCACCUUACUCCGCAAUUGGCAGUUACUCGCCGUCACACACCCUGGUUACGUGGCGUUCCUCACGUACGACGAGGUGAAGGCGAGACUCCAGAAGUAUAUCCAUAAGGCUGGUAGUUAUGUGUUCAGAUUGUCGUGUACACGGCUUGGCCAGUGGGCCAUAGGAUACGUGACGGCAGAUGGUGAAAUACUGCAAACAAUACCACAAAACAAGAGUUUGGUUCAAGCAUUACUCGACGGUUACAGGGAGGGAUUCUACUUGUAUCCUGACGGUCGGGAUACAAACCCGGACCUCAGCAGCGCGAUCAUAUCGCCCGCUGAGGACCACAUCACAGUCACGCAAGAGCAAUACGAACUGUAUUGUGAAAUGGGUAGCACGUUUCAACUCUGCAAGAUAUGCGCGGAGAAUGAUAAGGACAUAAGAAUAGAGCCGUGUGGUCACCUUUUAUGUACACCGUGUCUCACAGCGUGGCAAAUUGAUUCCGAGGGGCAAGGGUGUCCGUUCUGUAGGGCGGAAAUAAAGGGCACAGAGCAAGUAGUUGUGGACGCGUUUGUACCGCCGCGUCCGCCCAACACUAAUAGUGAGCCCAAAAACACAAAGACUGCCGUAAAGCCUGUAUCAUCAAACUCGUCAGGUUCAUCGGGAUCAUCGGGGUGCAACGGUUCCAGUGUAGAUGUAACGAUAUCAAACAACUCGAAUGGUUGGUCGAGAAACGCUACCUUCAAUGGACUCACUGAUGACAUUGACGAUACCGAGGACUGGGCGGAGUUCAACGCGGCGACGUCGACGAUCGACGCGCUGCGGCCCUCGGUGCGGUCCCCGGCGGCGUCCCCGCGGCACUCCCCGCGCGGGGGGCGCCGCGCCGCCGCCGCCCCCGCCGCCCCCGCCGCCGCCCCCGCCGCGCGGGAGAACGCCUACGGGGAGCUGCGCGCGCCGCCGCUGCCGCCCCGGAAGAGCCUCUCACCCGCCGAGCCCGCGCUGGCCGCCGCCUCCAGCGUGCAGGACAUCGCCGCGGCCACCGCACAAGAACCGAGAAGGCGGUCUUCAUUAGAACCAGAGCCGGACUCGCGACAUCGUCUGACGUCUAUCAUCACAGGCUCCACUGAAACAAUCACGGGGAUCAUUGACACUAGACAUGAGGUGCCACCCGAUCCGAGAGCGUUCGAGAAGCCUCGUCGCGCGUGUACGCCACAAUCGAAUAGCCGGCCAUUACCGGCGCCUCCCCUCGAACGCCAAAUAGAUGACAGACUAUCAGACCCAAGAACAGACUCUAGAUCCGAUAAACAAAUCCAACAACAACACGAACCCCGUACUCAAAUACCUGUGAUAGAAAACCGAGAGCGACGUACACCACAUGUAGAAAGUAGAACCAAUUCAGAAAGUAGGUUAGAAAGACAUCCCACUGAAAGACCGGUGCCUGAAUGUCGACAAUCAGAUAGACAGGCGCCGAAUCCUCCAGAAAAACAAGAAAGAAACACUGUUAAUUCUACUGAAAAGCACCCACCCACCGUAGACAGACAUAUACCUAAUCAACCAGAUAACAGAUUACCAGAAAGACAAGCUCCGUCAUUGUUAGAAAAUAGAUUGAAUUCAGAAAACAGGGUUCCUGAUAGAUGUCCACCCAACUCGGUAGAGAAACAAGAGAGAUUACAAGAAAACCGUUUAGUAGAUAGACAAAUGCCGGAUAUACGUCAUCAAGAAAUUAGAGAUCGGCAAGUACCUGACAGAUUAGUGCAUCCCCCAGAAAAUAGGACAGAUAGACAAAUACAUGUCCCCGAACGACAUGUGCAAGAAAGAGAUAGACAUGUACCUUUGCCAAACGAAAGUAGGCAUAUAGAAUUUCGUCAUCCACCUGAUAGGCCGCCUGAUAAGCCAGAUAGGAUAGAUAGAUCUAGUUUCGAUAGGGAUAAGGUAGAAAAUAGAGCGCCGCCACGGCAAAGGUCGCUGCCAUCGACGACGAGUGGCAGUGUGGACCAUCAGCCCACCAAGUCAACGACAAUGCCCAAGUUUCCAUCGGAAGAUAUGAAAGAUCCUCCGUAUGAGAACGUUGUGGCGGAGAAGAAUGAAUUGCCUUUAGGACCAAAAAAAAUCAACCCCCUUACGCACGAUAAACACGGCAGAAAAUACGGUGACAACGUGUCGUAUGAAAACAUUAAUUUGGACUACAUUGCACGUUUAGUAGGUGAAGGGUACCCCAAAGACAUAGUUGUAAGAGCAUUGGGCAUCACACGAAACGAUUUGGAGAUGGCUUGCGAUAUACUACAUGAGUUUGGUUCGAAAGUAACUAACAAGUGUUGAGGUAUAUUGUACAGAACGUUCGGUGAGGUGAGUGACUCGAUUUUGAAGGAAUUGACAACUUUAUGUCAACCAGAUAGGGUGCUAUUUAUGAUUAUUUAAUAAUGAAACUCCACAUAAUUUUAUAAUUAAAACUUCUUAUUACUGACGUUGUAAAAGUGGGAGUAAAAAUGCUAACUUACAUAAGAAUAAAAAACAUGCACGUUCAUUCAGAAAAAGUUUUAUUUGUAUCUAUCA